AUGGCGUCCACUUUGGGCACUUCUUCAAUUGCGCUUCUGCCUUCGCGUUAUUUCUCUUCUUCUUCUUCCAAGCCUUCUGUUCACACGCUCUCUUUAACCUCAGGGCAGAACUAUGGACGGAAGUUUUAUGGAGGAAUUGGAAUCCACGGCAUAAAGGGAAGGUCUCAGUUCUCAGUUGCCAGUGUUGCCACUGAAGUUAACUCUGUAGAACAGAAUCCGAGUACUGUUGCUAAAGAAAGCCAGAGACCAGUAUAUCCGUUUGCUGCCAUAGUUGGACAAGAUGAGAUGAAACUUUGUCUCCUCCUUAAUGUGAUUGAUCCUAAGAUUGGAGGUGUAAUGAUCAUGGGGGACAGGGGAACAGGGAAAUCUACAACAGUUCGGUCAUUGGUUGAUUUACUUCCCCAAAUCAAGGUUGUUGCUGGUGACCCUUAUAACUCAGACCCAGAAGAUCCAGAAUUCAUGGGUGUUGAAGUGAGAGAGCGUGUACUGCAAGGAGAGCAACUUUCUGUGGUCUUGACCAAAAUUAACAUGGUUGAUUUGCCAUUGGGAGCUACGGAAGAUAGAGUAUGUGGAACAAUUGACAUUGAGAAAGCUCUGACUGACGGUGUCAAGGCAUUUGAGCCUGGACUACUGGCUAAAGCUAAUCGGGGAAUCCUAUAUGUUGAUGAAGUUAACCUUUUGGAUGAUCACUUGGUGGAUGUGUUAUUGGAUUCUGCUGCAUCAGGAUGGAACACAGUGGAGAGAGAAGGAAUUUCUAUCUCACAUCCUGCACGGUUUAUCCUAAUUGGCUCGGGGAACCCUGAAGAAGGGGAGCUCCGGCCACAGCUGUUGGAUAGGUUUGGAAUGCAUGCUCAAGUUGGAACCGUUAGGGAUGCUGAACUCAGAGUGAAGAUUGUGGAGGAGAGAGGUAGAUUUGACAAGAAUCCCAAGGAGUUUCGUGAAUCUUAUAAAGCUGAGCAAGAGAAGCUCCAGGACCAAAUUACCUCAGCAAGGAGUGCUCUUUCUUCUGUUCAAAUUGAUCAAGAUCUCAAGGUGAAAAUCUCCAAGGUGUGUGCAGAGUUGAAUGUGGAUGGACUAAGAGGAGACAUUGUAACAAAUAGGGCUGCAAAAGCUCUUGCUGCUCUCAAGGGAAGAGACAAAGUAAGUGCAGAGGACAUUGCUACUGUCAUUCCUAACUGCUUGAGACACCGUCUUAGAAAGGAUCCCUUGGAGUCAAUAGACUCAGGUUUACUUGUCACUGAGAAAUUUUAUGAAGUCUUCAGCUGA